AUGGCGAGCUGGAAGCCCUCCCAGGAGCUGUUCGAUUCCCAGAGUCUUCCAAAACCCCCGCAGUAUGCAUCAGAGCCAGCUAGUCCUCACUCAUCGGCACCACCUCCGUUCCCUUACCGACUUGCACGCAAUCAUGCCCGUUUCCUUCGUCGAGUCGGCAGCUAUACCGUAAAUCCUAAAGUCCCCAUUCCGCGAGUGGCUCACACCGAAGCCCUGGGCAAAAUCAGAGCUAGGCAAGCAUGUAGCUACUGCCGAGAGCAGAAAGCCAAGUGCACCGGAUGCCAGCCGUGCCAACGCUGUGAGGAAAAAGGCGUCGAUUGUAUCUACGGGCUUCGGAGCCGGGACAUUCUAGAACGGAAAAUAGCAGAAUUGUCCGCCGAAACCAAGCUUUACCGAGAUCUGAUUUGUGAACUAUAUCCUGAGCUUGACAUCUCGUUGGCGCAAAAAGUCAAACGGAUUUUUCAUGACCUAAGAAUCGAACUGGAACCCACGGUAUAUUCAAGGGCUCAGUGUACCAGUCCAGUCAAUUCAUCAUCCAUCCUAGUGAGAUGUUUAAGGACCACGGCAUACGACACGACAUUCGGAAACGACGAUAUCUCAUUUGCAAUCAAAGAUCACACAGACGAAGAUUUCAAUAGUAGCCAACGCCUGCAAGCGAUGGGAUUUAUUAGCGAACAUACUACAACAGCAUGGCUUUUUGAACUUCAGCGCCACCUUGCAAUGAACAGCAGUCCCAAACUCGGGGACGAAGCCUGGCCGCCGUCAAUCUCCGUGAUGAACUAUUUUCAGGACAAGAUCGAGGUCGAGAUCCUCGAAGACGGUAGUCAAUGGACCCUUCCACCUAGAGAAGAAGCUGAUCGACUUGUUAAUCAUUAUUUUCGGUUUAUUCACCCCGAAUUUCCAGUUAUUGGAAAGAUAACGUUCUAUUGGCAAUAUCGAUCCUACUUCUCGAAUCCCAACGCCAGGCCUGGAAGGAGGUGGAUGGCCCUUCUGAAUCUUGUGUUUGCCAUUGCUGCAAAGAUCUCCCCACUAGCAAGUCGCUCUCAUGGGGAGAGCACUAGACGCCACGAUUUCUACUUUUCACGGGCUUGGCAAUUGGGCAUUGAUCACGUGGCCUUAGGGGACGCCCCGGAUCUACAACAGGUGCAAGUGGAAGGUCUUGCCGCAUUUUAUCUCCUAUGCGUGGGGGAGAUCAAUAGGGCGUGGCGAAUGCUUGGCACGGCGUUUCAAUCCGCAGUGGCAAUGGGGCUUCAUCUCCGCAACUCGGCAAAUGAAGUCCAAUUCUCGUCAAAAGAGAUUCGCUAUCGUGUGUGGUGGGCGCUCUUUGUGAUGGACUCCUCGUUCCAAGCGAUCACUGGUCGCCCACCCAAGACCGACACACAUUUCUGCACCACGCCGUUACCGAUGCCUUAUCGUGAAGAGGACCUUGCGGACAAUGCUAUAAGGCACCUUCAUACUGACGUUCACGCGCGUAAUCGAUUUUUGGGACCAUUUCUUUUUUUCACCGGUGUGGCAGACUAUACGACAGGUCUAAGACUAUCAGGUUGUACGCAAAUAGUUGGUUCCAAGCCGUAUAAGGCGAUAUUAGAUGAACAAGUUACACAAGGAGCGACUAAGUGUGUGCCUUCUGCGACUACGGCAACUUCUGUGACAUAUGAGACAUCUACAACCCCUAAGCUCUCACUGUUCUUUGUUCACGCCGUGGACUUGUCGCACCUGACACACAAGGUUAUCGGGGUCUUGUACUCUCCGCAGCCGCCUCAGAAAUCUUCUUCGGAUCUUGAGAUCUUAAUCUCAGGCUUCAAUGAUUCCAUGGAUCAAUGGCUUUCAAACCUCCCACAGGAGUUUAAUUUCACUAUGAGCCAUAAUGUGCGGUCUUGCUCUCCUCAGGCUGUGAGUCUUGGCUUCCGCUUCUAUAGUGCAAGGAUCGUUGUCAAUAAGCCAUGUUUGCACUAUCUUGCCUACAAUUCAACUAGGCCACAUGCUUCUCGAUCUUUCUAUCGAGCUGCGGCAAAGCUCUGCGUGCAAGCUGCUUACGAAAUGCUAGACCUCCUGCCAUCCACGGUCGAUCUCACCUGGCUCUAUGGCACCACCCCAUAUUGGCUGGUGCUGCAUUAUAUCAUGAUGGCUAUUACUGUCCUGAUGGUCGAACUCUUGUUGCACUCCGAAGGCCAAUCUAGCGAAAGGAGAAGGGUUCUUGCGCAGGUCCAAAAUGCUUUGCGCUGGCUCAAAUUCAUGUCUAAUAGUGACGCCUCCGCGAAGAAAGCAUGGCUGAUCUGCAAGAAUAUCUUAUCGCAACACGAGUCGCAAUAA